AACCAAAUCAACCCAAAAACGGUGCCCCUUCUUCCCUCCACCAUCCGCCAUUCCUUCACGUAAUACUCUUCCGUGGACAAUUGGACAUUUGCAUUUCUUGUCCUCAAAGAUUUAACUUGCUUCAUCGUUUAUCUUAGCCCUUUCCUCCAAGCCAACAAAACAACACAUAACUCUUGGUUUUCCCCCAUUCAAUCGAUCCAAUCCAACAGUCGAAAAGUCCGUCUAACUAUGCCCACAGUCAAUGUAAAAUGGCAAAAAGAGUUAUAUCGGGAUGUGGAGAUAGAUACAACUUAACCUCCAUACGUCUUCAAAUGUCAAUUAUAUGACCUCACAGGAGUUCCACCUGAAAGGCAAAAGAUAGUGAUGAAAGGUGGAUUAUUAAAGGAUGACUCCGACUGGUCAAAAAUGGGGGGUGAAAGAGGGCAAAGGUUGAUGAUGAUGGGAACAACAGAUGAGAUUGCAAACGCCCCUGAAAAGAAUCCAGUUUUUAUGGUAGACCUUCCAGAAGAAGAACAAGUAGUUGCUGUGUCCAAUGCUUGCAUUCGGUUCUUGAGCUCAAAUCUGCAUUAAUUUUGUAUCCUUAAUCUGGAAGAAGCAAUGAUUUAGAUAAGUCUUCUCAUCUUUUGAGUAUUGCAACAAGAGACUUGUUUAUUGAGCUUGAUAAAAAUGUUAAGCCAGUUCCACCAAUGUAGUUCUGGAUGGUAUUGUGGAAAAAAUAUCCUCAGUUUGGCCAGCUGCAUAAUGGGUCCUUUAUGCGACAGGAUGCUGAAGAAUGCUGGACACAAAUUUUGUAUACUCUAUCCCAGGCCCUUAGAAGACCAAGUUCCAGUGAGAAACUUGAUACAGUGAAGGAACUUUUUGGAAUUGCCCUAGUAAGCAGGGUGCAUUGUGCAGAAAGUGGUGAAGAAAAUUCAGAAACAGAAUCAGUUCAUUCUCUUAAAUGUCACAUAUCACAUGAAGUGAAUAAUUUGCACGAGGGCCUGAAACAUGUACCUGACUAUUCAAUCUUGAGGAAAGUGGAUUAUCCAUUGGAGUUGGACAUUUUUGAUCUUUGUUCUGACAAUCUUCGCAAACAUUUGGAAGUUCCUCGACAAAUGUUAAGAUAUGAGGAAGGUAGGAAGGCUGGUUUAAAACUCAAAGAAAAGAGCUCCAUCGCAGUAGACAAUGAUGUUAAGAUGCCUGAUGCAGAGGGAUUAUCUGAGAAGAAAAAUCGGUUGACCGGAGUGUAUGAUUUGGUGGCUGUGUUGACUCAUAAAGGCAGAAGUGCUGAUUCAGGUCAUUAUGUCGCGUGGCUCAAACAAGAAAAUGGUGAUUGGCAUAUGGCUUACAUUUGUAUGUACAAGGCCCGCCCAUUGCCAUGUAACAUUUUCCCAUUUUGGUGUUUGUGUAAUUUGAUUAUUGGAAUACAUGAUUUUUACAUGUAAUUUGGUUGUUUGAUACAUUUGCUACUAUAUUUGUUGAGUUAAAUAUUGUUUAUACUUACAAAAAAAACAGUAUAUAGAUAGUGAAUUUGUUUGAUGUUCAUACUUGAUGAGGUUUAAGAGUAUUAUGGUC